AUGUCCAGGGCACUCGAAAAGGAGCUUCUUGCUUCUUUGAGGCAGAGCGACCCGAACGAGGCUUACCAGGCCAUAGCAAGUGCCCUGACCGUCAAAGGCGACACUCUGCUAGAGAUCGAGAUACUUGGACGGAGCCAUCCUCUCCCGCCCGGGGUACACCUCCUGAAAGACGAGAAUGCCGUAGGAGUCUCAAAGUUGUCCCUUGUCCAGGCAUUUCUGGUAGCCCGGCAGUUGCUCAUGCAGUAUCAGGCGGACCAUGCUUCAGCGCAAGUCGAUGAUAUAUCUGCAGCUACGGCAGUCAUCUUGCUCAUGGAUCCCGAGUAUCUCACUGCCGCCAACACUCGCAAGAGGCUUCUUCAGCAGCAAUUUGAGCUUGGUGCACCGUUGCUGGAUCUCGUCCAGAGAGAAAAGUGUUUCACGGAUAGCUUCCUCACCAGCCCCUUGCAUCGGCACUCCAAAUCACCGACCCUCUGGUCUCACCGUCGAUGGCUCCUCCAAACGGCGAGGGCAUCUUGCAUGUCUCUCAUUGAUGUCCCAGCAGACUUUGUCAAUGUGGUCUUUGUCUCUGCCCAGAGACACCCGCGCAAUUACUAUUCUUGGUGCCAUGCACGGCUUCUCAUGGAUAUCAUGUCGGACACUGCCUAUCGAUCCCAGCAUGAUUUCCAGGCUGAAGAGAAACGCAUUCUCGAGCUGGCCAAGCAGUGGUGUACUGCUCACCACACUGAUAUCUCCGGCUGGACAUUUCUCUUCUUCCUCCUUGUUGUCCGGGACUCUGCUCUGCGAGAGCAUUGCUCAGAUAUCUUCACGGAUGUGAUACAGCUGGCCACGUCCCUACGGUGGUCCAACGAGACGGUAUGGGUGUUUCUGCGCAGCCUCAUAUCGUCAGGACAGAUGAGUCGGAACGAGUAUGAUGUCUUUAACGACAAGCUCGAGGCCCUGAAGAGCUCGAUUGGGUCCAACCCAGAAGAUUUGAGUGUCUUGGACAAGGCCAGGACCUGGGCCGAGACCUACCGUGUCACUAGUUGA